UGCCAGAAAAAGGAAAUUAAGGAAACGGGAAUCGGAAAAACUCAGUUGCCCUCGACCACCAAUGCCAGAUUCAAAACCACCGAUAAAAACCCUAAUUCCCACUCGAAUUCCCGAUCGGCACCGCCCUCGAACCGAGAACUCCAUCGAGAAAUCCAGCGUUUCGAUUUCUCUCUCUCCUCCCCCCCUCCUUCCUCAUCGGAAAUGGUCCUCUCCGGCGAUCGCUUCUACAACCCUCCGGCCAUCCGCUGCCAGCUCCAGCAGAAGCAGAAGCUCCUGCAAGAGCAGCAGCAGCAAUCUCUUCAACGGCCGGUGAAGGCCCGGCCGCUCUCACCGGCAGCCUUGCCGGCUGAAUCGGACGACUCUUCGUCCCAGACUUCGGUUUCGUCGUCGGCGCCCUCGUCUCCAUCGCGGAGACUGGAGCCGCCUGCCGGGAACUUGGAGCGGUUCCUCCAGUCCACCACCCCGUUCGUGCCCGCUCAGUACUUCCCCAAGACGAGCAUGACGGGGUGGAGGAAUUGCGAUGCGGCGGACUUGGGCCCGUAUUUUAUUCUGGGAGAUCUAUGGGAAUCAUUGAGGGAGUGGAGCGCUUAUGGAGCAGGGGUGCCGUUGGUUUUGAAUGGGAGCGACAGUGUAGUCCAGUACUAUGUGCCGUUCUUGUCCGGUAUUCAGCUGUUCGUGGAUCCGUCGAGGCCCAGCUUGAACGCAAGGCGACCUGGUGAGGAAAGUGAUGGCGACAUUUGCCAGGACAUAAGUAGUGAUGGUGGUAGUGACAGUGAGACUGAGAGACUCAUUCGAGGGGGAUCCCUGAAUGAUACCAGCCAUGUGGGCCAAGAAAGUUUUUCUAGUGAUGACAUUGAGACUUGCAAUCAACCGCAGCUACCUGUAUUUGAGUACCUAGAGUAUCAUCCACCAUAUGGAAGACAACCUUUAGCAGACAAGAUUUCGGUUCUUGCAAGUAAAUUUCCUGAUUUGAAGACUUAUAGGAGCUGUGAUCUGCUUCCUUCCAGUUGGAUCUCUGUAGCUUGGUACCCGAUAUAUAGGAUACCAACAGGACAUACAUUGCAGGAUUUGGAUGCUUGCUUUUUGACCUUCCACUCACUGUCCACACCUAUGAAAAAUGGUAGCAGUGGAAAUAUUGAGAGUUAUGGUUCCUGUAACAUUAGGAAUGUCAGCAGUUCCACUGACCUUUCUGAGAAGAUACCACUACCUGUAUUCGGGCUUGCUUCGUACAAACUCAAGGGUUCUAUUUGGACCCGAAAUGGGCUUUUUGAGCGGCAGCUAGAAAGUUCUCUUUUGCAAUCUGCUGACAAGUGGCUUCGCCGCCGGCGGGUGGAUCAUCCAGACUACCGUUUCUUCCUCUCCCACUGCAAUUCAUCGGGGAGGUGAUGGUUCCAGAGCUCUGUACAUGUCUCUUUCUGAUCAAAUGGUGUAUCAAUCCAACCCGUUGUUCUGGAAGCUUGGAUUACAAACGCCCCUAUGUAUUGCUCGCUGCCUUUUGAUCCCAUUUUGCAAGGAGUUGGAUCUGCAUAUUUCUUUAACCACAGUUUAUAUAUGCCUUGGAGUUACUAUAGAUAAUUGCCAUAGAAUAUGGUGUUCUAUGAAAGAAAACGUUGAAGAAUUUGAUGGCUGUGGGCUUAUGCACCUGAAAGAAGAGAAUUGUGGUACAGAACUAAGAGGACAUUGGCGUUCAAAUGCAGAACAACCUGAUGUGAUGAACGACAGCGCAAGAGGGUGGUUGCUGGUCGAUACAAAGAAAGGGUAUCACACCUUUCGGGUUUUGUUUUGAUGUUGAUGAUGUCUAUCCACAUACCAUCCAGUGAUGAUGACGAAAAUAUGUUGCCUAUUUCCUAUGCUCUUGAUGUACUUAGACGUCAGGCUAAUUCUAUAUGUUUGAGAUUGAUUAACUAUUUGUCAGUGUCAAAUUAUCUUUCCUCUUU